GCCCAGGCCCGUCUCACCAGUCCGCACCAAUCCUUCCUGACCGGCCCAACCCUCUUGUAAAAAACGCUUACAUCCCUCGCCGCUCCUGACCCAUUCCUUCGCUUGAUUCCCGCCGUCGACUCUCGUGGCCCGUCUCUCGCUCUCUGUAUAUCCACCCUGCCUUCCUCCCAACCCACGCCAGGGUCUCCCUAAUUUCCACACGCACACACAUCAUCGUCACACACAAACCACCAUGAAGUCGCCCUCAGCCGUCACCGUCGCCUUUCUGGCCUUGACCCUGUUGGCCCUUGUCCACGCGUCGCUGAUCCCCUCUGAGGCGGAGGCAUACGCACUUGGCUUCUUCCAUCGUAGAGCCGAGGCCUCUGGCGCCGCUGCUCCCAGCACGCCAACAGAAGCUGCCUCUGCUUCGACGAAAAAGGCUGCCGUGUCGUCUGUCGCGCCUUCCUCUUCCGACGAGGAGACGUCGACGCCCGCACCUUCCUCCGCCGCGCCCACGUCAACCGAAGAACCUUCCACUUCCGAGGAAACCACGACCGCCGAGCCUCCCACUACCACGUCCGCCGAUCGCACCACCACGCCCAGCAGCGUUCCUGCAACCACCACUGACGACACCAACGACAGCACUUCCGCCACGACCGCUCCGGCCACUUCCCCGGCUGCCACCUCUGCUCAAGCCACCUCCGCGCCCACCUCUGCUUCCACGGUCUGGACCACUGGCGCCAGCGGCUCGUCGUUCCAGACGGUCGUUAGUCCCACCAAGACCUCCAACACCAAGGCUAGCACCACCCGGAAGACGACUGUCACCCACGCCCUGGUCUCCACUUCGUCCCAGGCUUACACCACCACCAUCAUCACCGUCACCAAUGGCAUCACCCAGAACUUGGUCAGCACCGGCACUCACCUCGCCGUCACCACCACCGGAUAUUCCACCGUCACCAGCGCCGCCGUCCUGAACAACGGCGAGUCCAGCAGCAACGAGAGCUCCGGCAUGAGCUCUAGCACCAAGAAGAUCAUCGGCGGUGUCGUCGGCGGUGUCGGUGGCGCCAUCGUUCUCGGCGGUCUUGCCCUCGUCGCAUGGAGAGUCUGGGGCCGCAAGAGGGGCAGCCCCGAGGAGGAGGACGACCUUGUCGGCGGCACCGCUCACCAGCCGCUCAACUACGAGAAGCGCAACAGCACUUCACCCAACGACAUGUUCCAGCGCAACUUGGACCAACAUCACACUCCCGGUGGACGUGUGAACGCAGCCGCCAACUUUUAGGCCGUGCCCUAGCGGAUUGGUCGUUACGAGCAUCACGAAAUCGCCCAGUCGAGCAUUUCAGCGGAGUUUCUAUUCUUGGAGUGCGUUUUGAUGUGAGCACACGGUCCUUAUUGUUUUGAAGAAGUAUUUAAUGCGCAUCCGGGUAUAUCCGACAGUCGAGUGUUUUUUACGGGUGCAUAUGAAGGGAAAGGGAACUGGAAAUGAAGGGGCGGCGGUACCCCUCACUGGAGGCUAGGUUUUCCUCAAAAUAUUCCCCCACCAUACUUUUCUUCUGUUUUUCCUACAUAGAAGCUACAUACCUAGUUCGAUCAUUAUUGGGGCGGUAAGGUGGAAUGGACCUGCAAUAUGGGUCAAAUUGAUUGCAAAGCUUGUACAGUUAGCGAAAUAAUUUAGACAUGGACAUACCCACUUAGUUCGUCAUGUCCCACGAUGUUUCCACUCGACUCAC